UUGUUCGUUUCGUUCAGUCCUCGCUUUUCCUGCAGCCGUUGACCAACAACAAUCCAAGUGCUUUACCUGACGCCGCUCUCCGCCGGAAUCCGUCAUGAGUGUGCAUGGCUAUCCCGGUGCUGGCGGCGGUGGCAUUGGCUCGACCAGCUUCAGCGCAUGGAGCGAUCACCUGCGAAACGCAAAGAGCCAGUAUUCUCACUCGCGACCAACGACGACCGGCGCCAACCCGCGCUCAGGCUCAAACAGUCGAUAUCAGCACGAUCGCCCUCGUGCUGCUGUCCCAUCUGCUGGGUCUGCUGCGGCUGUGGCUGGACUUGGACGACGUGUGCGCGCGUGCCUCAAUUCGUCCCAAUUGCUGCUAAUUCUCAUUCUCACGCCUGCCAUUGGUCUCGUCGUCUUCCAAAUGCUGCUGAGACCGCCGAUCGAGCGGAUGAUGGCGCCUGCAAUCACGGCGCACGACCAAAAGCUCGUCCGAAUGGCGGACGACAAGCUCGCCCUGCACUUUCUAAAGCUCAGCAGAUUGGACGCCGGGCACGAGCACGAUGACCAACUCGAGGUCAUUCAUGAUCCGAGUGCAAUUGCUGCCGCUGCCGCAGAUGCUGCAGAAUCCAACAACAAAUUAAAGGAGGGAGCCAGCGGGGCCGAUAUAGCUGCUGCUGCUGCUCCCCUCAGUCGGAGAGUGGUCAUUUCGCCAGAUCUGAUGCUCAGCUCGCGAGGCCUCUCCCGCGAAAUGCUGCUGCCAAACAUGCCGCCUGCCAUGCUCGAAACGUUGCGACCUCAAAAGUCUCCGCUGCGCCUCACGAUUGUAUCCUCGGCAUCAGUGCUGUACUUUGAUCGCUUGAUCAAUCUGAUUGGCUCGGUGCACUUUUGGGAGCCAGACAAGCUCAUUGCCGUGUACGAUCUGGGGCUCGAGCAGUACCAGCGCAAUGUUUUGUGUUGCAUGCGCAACGUCCGGCUGUUGACGUUGAACUUUGAAGUGCUCCCACCGCACGUCAGCAAUCUCGCCAACUAUGCUUUCAAAGCACUCAUCAUUCGCGAUGCCCUGGAGCGGUUUGGUGCAGUCCUGUAUCAAGAUGCCGGCCAAGAACUUCGGCAACCCCUGCACGAGAUCGCAGGCAUCAUCGACCAGCAGGGCUAUUUUGCAGUCACGCAGCACACACCACUAUACGACUAUGUGCGAGAUGGUAUGCUUGAGCGACUCGGUAUUGUGCUGGCUACAAUACCAAACAACCCGACUUGCGCUGGUGGAAUUGUGGGCUUCAAGUCACAGGAUGCAAUCGUCACACGGAAAGUCCUCGAUCCGUGGGUGCGCUGCUCUUUGGAUGAGGAAUGCAUCAAUCCCAAGGGAUCAACGCUCGAGAACAGUCGAUUCGAUCAAUCCGUGCUCUCGUUGCUACUCUUUGCCAACAAGCUUUCAUGCUCGUACGACGCGCGCUUCAAUGCCGACUUUUCGCCAUCGCAUCGUUCGCGCAUGGACAUUCACCUCUUCUCUCGUCGCUGGCACUGCCCAAAGCCGUACGUUCCAUUCCUAGCUCGGACCUCCGGCGGAGUCAGCUCUGCUCCUGGCGGCUCUGGCGCCGGAAAACCGCAUCAAGGGCACCAUCAUGCCGAGCGCAAACAACAUCACGACCACGCCAGCGAGUUGAAGCACGAUGAGGACACAGACACCACUGGACUCGGUGCAGCUUUGCAGGACUCGGAUGGUUUGACCAACUGGCUCGUGCGCUAUCGAUGCGAGACAGCCGAGUGUUUUUCCUGGUAUACCGAGCCAGAAAUCCCGUACACUCGUCGCUUCCACUCUCUCGUGCGUCAAACGGUGGUGGAGCUGCAAGGAGAGGGCCAGCCGCAUCGUAUCGAGCCCACAGAGCCAACGUCCAGCAGCGAAUACAUUGUUCUUCCGAUUCUCGAGUUUGAUGCCGGGCGUGCGCUCGAAAAUCCACGACACAAGCGCACCGAGCGAACAGCAGAAUACUGCGGUUCACUAGCUCUCGGCCUCACCGAAGAGGUCCCAUUCCUGGUCGUUGUGGAUGCAAUCAUGUACGCCACGAUAUGCAUUCUCACUCUAUUUAUCCUUGUGGUGCGUCGCAUGGCGCUCAGCUCAACCAAGGGGACUUGUUCAAGGCGAGGCCUUCUUCGAGCGUUUGGCGUGGUCUUUGCCGGACUCGCUAUGGCGUGCUUCCUCGUGGUGCAGUACGGCGCUUCAAAGCAAGCUGCUACUGCCGCGGCGUUGUAG